AUGGUGAGGUGCUGUGGGAUAAGAGCUUAUAUAUUCCACCAUUGCCUCCAAUCUAAUGAGAGGCCUCGUAAGAAGAAAAAUCAAGAUACAAGGUCGCAGAGACUUAAAAGGCAACAAAAAACAGUGAAGUGCAAGAACUGUGGUGUUUUGGGACAUAAUAGCAAAACAUGUCAUAGGAGGGCCUCCAAUGAAGAAGCUGUGAUGGGAUCACAUAAUGUUCAAGCACCUCAGGAUGAUAGGGGAGGUUCAAACAUGUCUAGGGAUGAUGGUGGAGGCUCAAGCUCAGUGCACAUCACAAAGAAACAGAGAAAUCAUCCUACAGUGCUACCCCUAGUUUUUGAAGAACAUCAAGAACCUGAAGAGAUUGAUGUCCCCAUUCUAACACAAAUGUCUCAGUCCAAAUCAGCAGCAACAACACACAUUGAAGGACCCUUAAUGUGGGAUCAACUUCAAAGGGGAAGAACAAGAGGACCACCAGUUGAUGACACUCUCCAGAAGAACUUCCAUGGCAUUCACCCUACGUAG